UUUUUUUUUCGUUGUAUAUACAUAUUUUACAUGCAUAGACAUGGGGUAAAGGCUGCCAUUGACUGCCCUGCAACUUCCCCCCAACACAACAUUGAAUAACCCCAUGACACGCCCGUCACGCUUUCACUCGUGAACCCCAGUGCAGGUUUGAUGCCAUGUCUGGAUCAAACCCCUUCCGCCGGAGCAGGAUCAUAGCCGCGAGCGAGCCCAUCCCGUCGAUUCCGAAUCACCAUGAUGUGACAGUGCCGGAUGUCAACAAAGGUGUCUUUGACAUACCAAUAGCAAGUACUAAACCUCACCUCCCUCUUCACUCAAAAACAGUGCGAAUUGCUACCCCACCGCUACCCUCACCACCCGCCGAUUCUACAACAUACUUCCCCGCAGCUCCUCUGACAGCCCCGAGGACCCAUCACAGCCCGCCGCCGCUAGAAAUCGGCGAUGGAGAGUCUUCUGAUGAUUCUACGGCGGACCCUUUUAAUCCGCAUUCAUCCGCUGGUGGCGGCCGGGAGGAGGAUUACAUUCAAGUGGUGGGUGGUGACUACACUACCGGACCGAAUGCACCCGACAGGCAGAUUGUGAAUGAGUCGGGAUUGCGUAGGGCAAUGAGCGAGGGGGGCGAGAGUCACCAGAGACCAGACAGUGCCGUUGAAGCAAAGCAAAAAUCGAAUGCUAUGCUGGAUGUGGAUGCGUUUACGAGGUUGCUCCUUACUGGGAAUGCUGAUGGAAGAGGCGGUGAGGAUAAGAAGGUGGUGACGACGAGGAUCGAUACGGUGUCUGAUCCUGUGAUUCAGGCUCGUUUUGGAUCUGCUGCUGCUGAUAGCAGCGAUAGCAGCGACGUCGAAACAGUAUCGGUCAUGCGGAGGGGUGAUCUCGAUAGUCAUGCUACAAGCAACACCAGCACGUCGGUUCACUCUUUGAAGGCUGAAUCGAAUGAGAUUCAGAGGACGGCUAGUGUGAAAAGGCCGAAGCCACCGCCGCCAAGGACUCGUCAUGGCAAACCGAUCAAGCCUGGGGAGUCAUCACAAACGUCGAGAAAGUCGAGCGAAGAGAUUUAUCUGUCGGGGGAAUCUACUCAGCAGCCUACGAACCCGGAAAUGGCGAUUUCAUCGCCAGAGGCAGUGUCAGAUGCGACACUGCCGACUAGUUUAUCAGACACAAGUAUAAACGACGAUGUUUCUGCCUUGCAAAGGGCCCCGUCUCAGUCAAAAAGACCGCCUACGCCACCUCUUGCUCGACGACAUAGCCAGAGAAAGCCGAGUAUGAAGAAGUCUGCUCGGGAUCAUCCCCACCGUAUCUCGUUACCUCCAAAAGGCCUGGGUCUCGAACUUCCCGGACCGCCGAGUCCAGGGACAAAAACACCGCCUAGACCCCCUUCCCGACGACAUGAAAAAGCGGGCGGCUCUCUGGCUGAGGCGUUCUCACACACCAAGUCUUCUCUAUCUCAGGAACACUCGGCUCCGUCUUCCACGCUAGGAGGAGAGGGCCCAGGGAGCACAGCUUCAUCGUCUCCACCAUCGCGAUCGCCAUCCAUCAAAUGGUCGACGUCUGGAUCUGCGUCGAACGCACCAUCCAUGCCACCGCCACCACCUCCACCUCGACGCGUGCGAGCUUCUAGCAAGAGCAGUCUAAACAGCACGCAGUCAUCUACGCUACAGAGCAAGAGCGCCGAGGAUAAUCUGUCUUCUUCCCACGCCCAGGACAUUCUCGCAGACCUCUCGCGGCUCCAGCAAGAGGUAGAUAAUCUUCGCGGCCAUUACGAAAGCCGGAAGGUCAGCCAAUGAUGAUUUAUGAGACACGUUUCAAUAAUAUAAAUACCCUGGACAGCACUUCCCAACCUCGUCCUAGCACACUACCUUGCGAUUCCGACUUCCCCUUCCUCUCCUCUUGUCUUCUUGAUCGUUUUUUGUUUGAGCGUCGACGUGCCGAUAGUAUCUGCUAGCAUGUUUUUCUUCCCUUGCAAUGCGGAUCCGUCAGACGAUGACGGCGGCAGAUGCAAGGCUGUCUGUAUAUAAGCUCUUCCGAUGCAUUUAUUCAUGAUGUAUAUAACAAAUAUAUUCUUUCAAGUGCCA